AUGGCGCCCCGACUGUCCGAUGCUGACCAUAAGAAGAUACAGGCUAUGAUCCAACGUCCUCGCGCCAGGUACCGGCUGUUCGAAUCAACAAAGGCACCCUCAAACCGCGUUGGGUGUUACAAGAAGGUGACACCCUACAAGCGAGAUGCCCUGCUUGAUAGGCUCGCCGACCACCCCACCACCGAUCGGAGCGAGAUGAUUACAUUCCUGCGUGAUGAGUUCGAGGACGAUGUGUUGCUUUCCACCAUCAGUCGUUCGUUGAAGGAUGCCCGAUGGACGCGAAAAAAUUGCCAUUGUGUUGCGCAGCAGAGAAACCUACAGCUCCGAGAUCUAUACCUCUACAAACUGUUGAAAUACAAAUCGUACCAGAUGAUCUUUAUCGAUGAGUCGGGUGCCGAUAGAUGCGUCUGCUACUGCAACAAAGGAUGGGCUCUGAGUGGAGUGAUACCCGUCCAGGUUAGCAGGCUCAACCGCGAACAGAGGUAUCAGAUCCUCGCUGCCUAUACGCAAGAAGGUAUAGAGCUGGCUUGCGUCUAUCCUGGGUCUACUGAUGCCGCUCUGUUCAAGGACUUUAUCGAGCAGUUGCUAUAUGGCUGCGGACGAUGGCCGCAGCCGAAGUCUGUGCUUAUUAUGGACAAUGCAUCUUUCCACCAUAAGGACGAGCUAGAGUCAAUGUGUGCCGAAGCUGGGGUUGAACUUCUUUACUUGCCUCCGUACUCGCCGGACUUUAACCCGAUUGAGGAGUAUUUUGCUGAGCUAGAGAACUUCAUUAAGAAGCCUGGACUGGAACUAUCUGAACCGUUUAGGAAGGACUUUUAG